UUCUAUUUUGUUCAACUAUUACCAAUAAUUUAAAUGAGUAAUUAUAUCAACAAAUAUGCUGCAGUUCUUAGCCCAGUUUGAUAUAACCCAGUAAUAUUUAAUGCAUUUUAUGAUGUUGAUAUCAAAACAUGGAUAAUAUAGUCUUCCUCUUAGCUAAAUGACACAUUUAAUUGUGACUUCAAAACGACUCAGACAAAAAAUGAUCUAAAAAAUAGUCGGAAUAACCUAUAGAUCACGCUACCAACUACAGUUUUCGUUACGUAAUCUGUAACCAGCAAUGGACUACAAUUUGUAUGAGCAUAGGAUAGUCUAUACUAAGUUCUUUUUUGUCAGUUUAAACUCUUUAAGGUCAGUUUAGAUGAAUUGUAUCUUGAAGGGAGCGUAUGAACAGGAGUGUCAGUGUUUUAGAGAGAGGUGCAGAGUCACGCACUUUGCCCUGUGCUCACAUCUAUUGUUGCGUGCUGCUUGCUCAGCCGUUCUCUCUCUGUUGUUUUACCACAACAAAUGGCUUUCCUCUUCAACUAAAUGCUCUCUUUUCACUUUACGCAAUCUCACCGGCUUUUGGAAACUCAAUUUCAUUUUUCCCCCCCACCCCAAAACGCUAAAUUCGGCCCCACUUUUUUCGGACUUACCAAAUUCAUGAUUGAGUCUGAGCAUCCGAAUGAUGAAAUGCCUAAAGGUCAGGUCUGGGCUCCUGGGUUAGGGACUUGUGAACCGCUCAUUAUGGUCAUGACAGCCGUCCAGAGAGUUUGAGUGUAUUGACAGCGGUCCAGAAAAAGGAUAGCUUUUUAAAAACAUUUACUGGAGAAAAUCCUCCCUUACUGAUCAGUUUGUGAUGUCUGAGGUGCAAUCAGGUUUAGUGGCUGGUUUGGAGCCAGAGGAAGAGGUGACAGAUGUCGUAUGUGACGAGGCAGAACUCAAAGAUGGAGAAAUGAUGGAGGUGGAGGUUGGUGAGCACAAUGUUCUUCUGGUACGCUGUGAUGGGGUAUACAGUGCCAUCAGUAACCAGUGCACACAUUAUGGUGCUCCCCUGAGCAAAGGGGUGCUGUCAGGUCACAGGGUCCGCUGUCCCUGGCAUGGCUCCUGCUUCAAUGUGAAGACCGGUGACUUGGAGGAGUAUCCUGGAAUUGACUGUUUGCCCUGCCACAAGGUGAAAGUUGAAAACAACAAAGUUUAUGUGUCUGUAAAAAAAAGGAUCCAGGGACAGCCUAAAAGAAUCAAAUGGAUGGGAGCCAGAGAUCAAGCUGUUUUACACACUGUCAUGCUCCUUGGAGGAGGUGCAGCCUCUUUAAUGUGUGCUGAGACGCUACGGCAAGAAAACUACGGCGGAAGGAUUAUUAUGGUAUCUAGAGACCACCUCCUUCCGUACGACAAAACCAGACUCAGCAAGAUCAUGAAUGCUGAGAGCGAAAGUCUCCUGAUGAGAAGAAUGGAAUUUUUCCACAAGUAUGAUAUUGAAGUCUGGCUGAAAAAAGAGGCUUUAUCGAUAGAUACAAACAAGAAAACAGUGACAUUUGAUGAUGGCUUAAUCCAGUGCUAUGACCAAAUCCUUAUUGCAACAGGAUGCAGGGCAAAAAGCCUAGAUUGCCCUGGUGUGGACCUGGAAAAUGUGCUAAUGCUCGAAACGCCAGAGGAUGCCCAGUGCAUCCACUAUGCCUGCAUGGGCUGCAGGACAGUCGUUGUGGGCACUUCCUUUGUUGGCAUGGAAGUGGCCGCCUAUAUGAUAGAUAUGGCCAGUAGCAUCACAAUCAUUGGAAGCAGUGAACUCCCCUAUCAGAAGACUCUCGGCCCAGAGAUAGGAAAGGUCACCAUGAUGAUGCUAGAAGAGAGAGGGGUGACGUUCCACAUGAAUGAUGCCGUUGCAGAGGUCCAAGGCGAAAAUAGGAGGGUUAAGGCUGUGAAAUUGAAGAGUGGCAUCACUAUCGAAGCCGAUUUGUUAAUCGUUGGAAUUGGUGUCAACCCCAAUUCAGAAUUUUUGAAAGGAAGUCCAAUAAGGAUGGACUCUAAGAACUAUGUAGUUGUGGAUAAGUACAUGAGGACCAACAUAACAGACGUCUACUGUGCAGGAGAUCUGACCUCCUUUCCUCUCAAAAUGGCAAAAGGCCAGAUUGUGAACAUCGGCCACUGGCAGACAGCACAGGCACAUGGAAGGAUUGUGGCCUUAAACAUGUUGCGCAGGGAAGUGGAGCUAAACACAGUGCCAUUCUAUUGGACCGUCCUGCUGGGGAGAACUAUUCGAUAUGCUGGGUUCGGGGAGGGAUACACUGAGAUGGUGCUGAAAGGGAGAUUCGAGAACAUGAAGUUUUUGGCACUUUACCUCAAGGACGAUGAGGUGGUGGCUGCGGCAGGAUUGAAUGUUGAACCGGCUGUCUCUGUGGUGGCAGAAAGGUUGGCGGAAGGAAGAGUGAUUACAAAGGCAGAAGCAGAGUCAGAUGACCUUAGCUGGCUGAAGAUGCAGCCCAUGUGACCAAUAACAACAGUUUGAACUCCGAGUCAUCAGAAUUCAGCCAUUUUGUCCACAGUCCAUCCCAUCCAAAUAUGCCCUUACUCAGAAGAUGUUUUUUUGUAACAUUUAUAAAGGCCAGUGCAUUACAGUAUGUCUCUUUCAAGUGCCGUUUUAACACUGAUAUUCAGAGAGGAGGACCACUACCUACAUACUAUUAUGAAAAAAUGAGAAGCUUUUAUACUAUUCUUGCUGCAGAUCUUUGAGCUUCCAAAGAAAAUUUGACAUUUUGCCGGUAAGCUGGGUUCAGAUCCACUUUUCUGAAUAUAAACACAAUCCUAUAGUUAUUUUAAUCUGUAAUUAUUUAUUAAGAUGACAUAUUAAAUAUUUUGUAAAAACAAUCUAGGUAGCUCAUUUACUCAAUGUUUAGAAGUAGAUGUAAUAGAGUUGAUCAAUUAUUAAGUACAGUCACUCUAGCAUUCUAUGCUUGAUAAAUCUAGGUGGCGAUGUUGGUCAUCAAGCUAUGAAAUGGAGCAUGGGUAGUGGAAAAAUAGACAAUCACUGAGCGCACAUCCAAUCAUAGUGCUUAGGAGGAUUAGAUGAACACUGAGCAAAGGACGCUGAAUGUGACGAUGGUCACAAAAGAGGGAGCAUAUAUAAUAGAGUUGGACAAACAUGCUACAAAAGACCAUAUUACAAAAGAAAUGCUGAGCUGCUCUCUUAUAUCGCCUCUUAUUCUCUCUCUUCUACCACGUAACCCAGUUUUCAAUCCCAAAUCCUCAUAACUCACUUCUGUUCUUAUCAGCAAGAAUUUGUGCUAUAUAGGUCAUAUACGACAGUCCAAAUCUGGAGGUGAUAUGUGGGCCAUGAAAUAGAGCUUAGACCUAUGUAAGAAGCUAUGUAACAGAGAAUUGAAAAGAUUCCUUUAUUAAGUACACUAGAUUGUUAAAGUCUCUCUAGCAGUUUCCACAGUCACUUAAUUAGUUAGGUUGACUGACAGAUUUUAUUAAAAAACUACAACAUGUUUUAAUGCUAUUAUCAAGGGGGAGCAGUGAUCCACAAAAUGCACACUAAGUAGAAAAGGUAUACAUGCUUGACUUUUUGACCUUCUGUACAGACUAAUAUUGCUGAUAAGCAAAUUCAGUAUGAUGACUUCUAUGUCGGUCCACUUUUUUUUAAUCAGGAAGCAUGUUGCAGUAUUCAUGCAUUAUUAAUAACGUGCAAGUAGAAGAGCGCUUUAAUAUGUCCGGUUUACUCAGACACUACAAAAAGUCAGGUUGGCUACCAUAUUUUACAGUUUCACUUUAUAAUGUUAUACAUUACAGCUUUAGAUACAGUAUAGUUAGGAAUGCACACAGUCACUCACCAGACUGUUUUUACAUACAACGUGCUGCAAAGCAAGUGUAUCAUUUGCACUAGUUGGGCAGUUUUAGUCACUGUUACUCAUUCAUGGUUCAUGUCUUGUUUUUUACUCAGUUUAAAAAUUUAGCACAUGUUUGUUAUACUCUUAUCUGUAACCUUUAAGAGCAAUAAAUCGUGUUUUACUGGU